UAAAUACCUGGGCGCUGCUGCGCGACAGAGUCAAUUUCCCUCCCCUCCCCUCCCACCACUCUCUCUGCUCACCCGCACCUCCCCUUCCCUCCCCUCCCUUCUCCCCCCCCUCGCUCGCGUCCGCCGCCUCGCCGAUAGCAGCUCUGCUGCCGCCGGAUACGAUUCGAUGGCUUCGUCCUCGCGGGCCUUGGCCCGACUCGCCGGCCCGUCCGGACGGCUGCCCGCGCAUGCGCAUGCGCCUGCGCCGGCCAUCAGCUUUAGCACCAUCCCGCGCCCCCGACAAUCCAUAAACGCCCUCAACCCCGUCCUCCGGACCGUGUCGUCCGGGCCAGGGCUGCCCUCCUCCCGCUAUACGGCGAGACGGUUUGCCGAUGCCUCCCCGCGGCCGACCCGGAAGCCCCGCCGGAUACGGACUACCAUCAAGUGGUUAUGGCGCGCUACCUACCUGUCCAUCCUGGCUGGCUGCGGCCUCGUUAUCUACGAUGGCUACUUAGACCGGCAUCCCGACGAGCAAUUCGUUCCCGAUCCUAACAAGAAGACGCUGGUGAUAUUGGGCACCGGCUGGGGCUCUAUCGCUCUGCUCAAGAAGCUGGACACCGCCAACUACAAUGUCAUCGUCAUCUCGCCGCGCAACUACUUCCUCUUCACCCCCCUGCUGCCGUCGUGCACCACCGGAAACAUCGAGCACCGGUCCAUCAUGGAGCCCGUGCGCCAGAUCCUGCGCCACAAGCGAGCCGCCGUCAAGUUCUACGAAGCCGAGGCCACCCACAUCGACGUCGACAAGAAGGUCGUGAAAAUCACCGACAACAGCGACAUCAAGGGCAGGGUCCACGAGACCGAGGUCCCCUACGACAUGCUCGUCAUCGGCGUCGGCGCCGAGAACGCCACCUUCGGCAUCCCCGGCGUCCGCGAGCACAGCUGCUUCCUCAAGGAGAUCCGCGACGCCCAGGCGAUCCGCACCAAGAUCAUGGAUUGCGUCGAGACCGCCGCCUUCAAGGACCAGGAGCCGGAGGAGGUCGACCGCCUGCUCCACAUGGUCGUCGUCGGCGGCGGCCCCACCGGCGUCGAGUUCGCCGGGGAGCUGCGAGAUUUCUUCGACGAGGAUAUCCAGAAGCUGAUCCCCGAGAUCGCCCCGCGGUUCAGGGUGACGCUCAUCGAGGCCCUGCCCAACGUGCUGCCCAUGUUCAGCAAGCAGCUCAUCGACUACACCGAGAGCACCUUCAAGGAGGAGCACAUCACGAUCAUGACCAAGACGAUGGUUAAGAAGGUGACCGAUAGGACGGUCGAAGCCGAAGUCACCGGUCCCGACGGCAAGAAGUCGCUCGUCACCAUCCCGUUCGGCCUGCUCGUGUGGGCCACCGGCAACACGGUGCGCCCGGUCGUCCGGGACCUCACGGCCCAGAUCGCGGCGCAGAAGGACUCGAGGCGGGGCCUCGCCGUGAACGAGUACCUCGUCGUGCAGGGCACGCGGGACGUCUGGGCGGUGGGCGACUGCGCCGUGGCCGGGUACGCGCCGACGGCGCAGGUGGCCUCCCAGGAGGGCGCCUUCCUCGCGCGGCUGUUCAACAACAUGGCCAAGACCGAGGCGCUCGAGCAGGAGAUCCGCGACCUCAGCUCCGGCCUGAACCUCAAGCCCGGCGACACCGCGGCCGAGACCCAGGAGAUCGAGGACCUCGAGCGGCAGCUGCGCCGCCUCAGGGACAUCAAGCCCUUCUACUACUCCCACCAGGGCAGCCUGGCCUACAUCGGCAGCGAGAAGGCCGUCGCCGACGUCGCCUGGCUCAACGGCAACGUCGCCUCCGGCGGCAAGCUCACCUACUACUUCUGGAGAAGCGCGUACCUGAGCAUGUGCUUCAGCACACGUAACCGGGUUCUCGUAGCCCUCGAUUGGGUCAAGGCCAAGGUCUACGGGCGGGACGUUUCUCGGGAGUAGACGCCAUCAAAACUACCAUAUUACUACCUACCUAAUUCGUGAUACCGGGACGGCAUCCGACCGCCUUGGCCAAUUAACUACUCAUCUACUCUUUUUUUUACUCUUGUAUCCUCCUCUCGUUGAGUGCAGUGUACCUUUUUUCUUUUUCCCCCCUCGGUUUGUUUCAUUGUCGUCGAGUUGUAAGAGACGUUCUAGACGGG